CAAUGUCAAGUUCUGCAUUGAUGCAAGCCAGCCAGAUGUAGGGAGCUGGCUUAAAUACAUCAAAUUUGCUAGAUGCUUCAAUCAGCACAAUCUGGUUGCGCGCCAGAUAAAUGAUCAGAUAUACUACAGAGUUAUUAAGGAUAUUGAACCUGGAGAAGAACUACUCAUUUUCAUGAAAACUGGUGGCUAUUUACAUGAUAUAAUGGCUCCAGAUAUACACGAAGAACAUCAGUAUCGCUGUGAGGAAUGUAACCAGCUGUUUGAGUCCAAAGCUGAACUAAUGGACCAUCAGAAGUUCCCCUGCAGUACUUCUCAGUCAGUAUUCCCCCGAGUAAAUGAGGACUUCCCAGAGAACCUUGGCAGCUCACAUGACCUCAGCGAGAAACAUGAUGUUUCAGAAUGCAAAGAGUGUGACCAAGAGUUUCCUGAUGUACAAAGCCUGGAGAGUCACAUACUUGCCCACAGUGAGGAACGAGAGUAUAAGUGUGACCAGUGUCCUAAGGCAUUCAAUUGGAAGUCAAACCUGAUUCGCCAUCAGAUGUCCCAUGACAGUGGAAAGCACUAUGAGUGCGAAAACUGUGCCAAGCAGGUUUUCACUGACCCCAGUAACCUCCAAAGGCAUAUCCGUUCACAGCACGUAGGAGCAAGGGCCCACGCCUGUCCGGAGUGUGGAAAGACAUUUGCCACCUCAUCUGGCCUCAAACAACACAAGCACAUCCACAGCAGUGUCAAACCUUUUAUAUGUGAAGUUUGUCACAAAUCCUACACACAGUUUUCUAAUCUGUGUCGACAUAAGCGUAUGCAUGCUGACUGCAGAACACAAAUCAAAUGCAAAGACUGUGGACAGAUGUUUAGUACUACAUCAUCAUUAAAUAAACACAGAAGAUUCUGUGAAGGAAAGAAUCAUUUUGCAGCAGGUAGUCUAUUUGGUCAAAGCAUUUCUCUCCCUGGACCUCCAUGUUUGGACAAAGCUUCUAUAGUUAAUAUGAACCAUGCAAAUCCAGCCCUUGUGGAUUAUUUUAGUUCCAGCAGGCAUCCUUCUGGUCUAACAUUUCCAGCAGCACCAGGAUUUCCUUUUAGUUUUCCUAGCUUGUUCCCUUCUGGCUUAUAUCAUAGACCACCUUUAAUUCCUGCUACAUCUCCUAUUAAAACAACAGCAGGUAAUGAACAAUUAAGUAACAGUCAGAGUCCUCUCUUAGCUCAUGCUCAGACAUUACCUGCAACACCUGAUAUUUUAAAAGCACUGAGUAAACAGACAUUGUUAAGUGAAAGUAAGUUAAUGGAUCACCACUCAGAAAAUGUGUCUGAAAUAAAAACACAUUUGAAACUCAGUGAUCACUCAGAAAGCAGUGAUCUUGAUGAUGUUAGUACGCCAACGGGUAGCGAUCUGGAAACAACAUCUGGCUCUGAUGUCGAAAGUGACAUUGAAAGUGACAGAGACAAAUGUAAACUUAAAGAUAAUGGUGCCAAUUUUAAACAAAAAAUGGCCACUUCUGACAAUUCCAUUUCAGUAAACAGCAACAAAAACGAUUUCCCUAAAAAUUCAGCUUUUUCACCUUCUUUAGAAGAACAGACUGCAGUUUCAGGAGCAGUAAAUGAUUCUAUAAAAGCCAUAGCUUCCAUUGCUGAAAAGUAUUUUGGCUCCACUGGUCUUGCUGGAAUACAGGACAAAAAAGUCGGAACUUUGCCUUAUCCAUCCAUGUUUCCCCUUCCAUUUUUUCCAGCAUUUUCACAGCCAAUUUACCCAUUUUCUGAAAGAGACUUGCGGACGUUACCUUUGAAACUAGAACCUCAGUCACCCAGUGACACAAAAAAGAUCCAGAGGAAUAGCACUGAAUCCCCUUUUGAUCUUACAACUAAACGCAAAGAGGACAAGAAUGUUUCUCCAGUAAGUUCAAAGCCAGUAGUCCCAAAUUCAUCGAGCCAAGAACAGCCACUAGAUCUGACCAUGGGCAGUAGAAGUCGGGCAAAUGGAACAAAACAAACAGAACCUCAUAAAAGUCAUGUGUUUGGUGACAGAAAAGGUACAGACAUAGAACAAAGGAGGAAGCUAGACACGACACUGCAGCAUGCUCGACCUACCCCGUUCUUCAUGGAUCCGAUUUACAGGCCUUCACUGAAAAGGACCUUUGGCCAAUCAGACUUUCCUAAUAAUGAAAGGGUAGAAAAAAGAAAAUUAAAUGACCCUCUAGAAGCCCUGAAAGAAAAAUAUGUCAGACCUCCACCAGGCUUUUUGUUUCAUCCUCAGAUGUCAGCUAUAGAAAACAUGGCAGAAAAACUGGAGAGCUUCAGUUCCCUGAAACCAGAAGGAAGUGAGCUGAUGCAGUCUGUACCAUCCAUGUUUGGUUUCAGGUCCCCUCCAAAUACUCUUCCAGAAAGUCUCCUCCGAAAAGGAAAAGAGCGCUAUACCUGCAGGUACUGUGGAAAAAUCUUCCCAAGAUCAGCAAACCUCACUCGUCAUCUAAGAACACACACCGGGGAACAGCCAUACAGGUGCAAGUACUGCGAUCGCUCAUUCAGCAUUUCCUCCAACUUACAGCGACACGUGCGCAACAUCCACAAUAAGGAAAAACCAUUCAAAUGUCACUUGUGUGACAGAUGUUUUGGUCAACAAACUAAUUUAGAUAGGCAUUUGAAAAAGCACGAGAAUGGAAACAUAUCCGGAACUGCAACAUCGUCACCUCAUUCUGAACUAGACAGUACUGGUGCAGUAUUAGAGGACAAAGAAGAUUCAUACUUUAAUGAAAUACGAAAUUUCAUUGGAAACAGCAAACAAAAUGAACAUUCUCCUAGAAAUUCAGAAAACAGAAUAAACGAUAACCAUUAUGAGGAGCAGAAUGCUGUGAGAGCAAGCCAGAGCUCAGAUGUCUUAGAUGAUGAGGAAGAUGAAGAAGAGAUAGAAGAUGAAGUCAUGCUGGAGGAUGAGGAGGAUGAGGAAGAAUCUGACAUUUCAGGAAAGCAUUUGUGUGAGCCAAGCGCUAACAGUGUGGAUAAUGUCAACCCAGAUGACACUGAAUAUGAAGAUGAAACUGAACUGGCACUGAAUUGUAAAGUCUCUCCUAGCAGGUACAAUACUAAUGAAAACAAGAAGGCCCUUUCUGCACUGGAUCAUAUACGGCACUUCACAGACAGCCUCAGCCUGAGGAAAAUGGAGGAAAGCCAGUACAGUGAGGCUGAUCUCUCUGCUUUCAGCACCUCUCACCUUCCAGAGGAAAUGAAGUCACCACUGUACAGGAAGUCCAAGUCACAGGCAUAUGCUAUGAUGCUGUCGCUUUCUGAUAAAGACACUGUUCACACUAGUACCCCCAAUAUGUGGCAUAAUAUGGCAAGAGCUGCUGCUGAAUCCAGUGCCAUCCAGUCUGUGAGUCACGUAUGACACUGUGGAACCUUACCGAAGUGGGACCAAGUCCGAUACUGUAGCACAGCGGAUGCAGGAGGGACUCUUUUAAAGACUGCUGAGCAGAAUGCCUUAUAAAUCUGCAGGGUCACUUGUCAAAAAAAUCUUGUGACCUUAAACCGAAUAAUUUUUAAUAUAGAAACUAUUUAUUCUCGAUAUUUCGUUUUGCACAGUAAAGGCAGCUGCUGAUUUCUUGAGUAUCCGUGUGAUGCAAAGACAUUUCCACAGAAAUGUAAACCUCAGUGGGCUACAUAAGUCUUCCAUUUUAGCCAGUGAGGAAGUGACACUGCAUUAAAACACAGUUUGGCACUCCUUGUAAUUGUUUUUGUUUUGUACAAAGAAGUAUAUGACAUAGCUUAGAGGACAUAUGCUUUUAGUUUUAAAAAAAGUUACUUUACUUCCUUUCAAACAUAAUUAUUUACCUUUUGAAAAGAAAAAAAAUUAAUAUCCAAAAAUAUAUGUUUUCCGUUAACUCACCAAACACAGGAGUUUUUCUUAUACAAGAACCGUGUAUGCCUAUCUGUAACAUAAAACAGAGAGAAGGUGUUUAAUUCAUGCUGGCUUUGUGAAUGCUGCAGUCUGCAGAAGAUGGCUCAUUCUUAAAUCAGUUACAUAAUUGAAUCUCUUCAUUUGAUUUAUGGACCAAGGUUUGUUCAUCUGAAGUCAUAUGUUUUACAUUUAAAUGUUUGUUGUUUAAGUCCUUGUAACUGUGUUUCAUGUUUAGACAAUCAUGGUUUCAUGGGGGGCGGGUUAUUGUUGUGGAUCAUGUAUUUAUUUGUUGGCAGACUGUAGUUUGUUGAUUUACAUAGCACUGUUCCAAUCCAACACUUACUGAUCUUAGGCAAAACCAAGUUCAAAACCUGUUAGGGAUUGGUCUUUAUGUAUGUGAGUGCCAAAAUAGUGUUCACAUUUUUUCUACAUUAUCUGUUAUUGAAAAUUAAUAAUAAAAUAGAUAUUGACUUAGUUUUUUUUUUUUUUUUGCAAUACAAUUGAUUCAAUUGUAUAAACAGUUAUGUUCAUCAUUAAAGCAUGAUUUGCCUGAUUAAAGCUUCCAAUAUUUUAUGCUGGUUUUCUGCAAGUUCGUGUAAUGUUGCAUUCAUAUUAAUUCUACUCGUAAGGUAAAGUGUGCCAAAACUAUGAUAAAACUGCAGAUUGUAUCCAUUUAUUUUUCCUAUAAUAAGGGACCAGAUCUUUUUUGUUUAUUUUUUCUUUUAGGGUUUAUUAACUCAUUUUGAAAUAUUAGGCAAGUUGUGGUACUUUUCUUUAAUGCUUUGUACAAUGUAACUGUUAUGCAUUUCAUUAAAUCUGUGGGAGGAGAAACACAGAAAUAAAAGGACUACAAAGAUGACUAGA